AAGCACUGCUGCGGGUUGGAGGAACGCCAUUCUCAAGAUGACAAUAUGUUAAAUAACCGCUGACCACUUAACCAGGGCGGAAAGUCCCACGACCCAACCGGAGGCACCGAGGGGGAUGGAAUCCGCCGGAGCAGGCACGCCGGCGCCCACGCAGCCGCCGGUGCCGCACCCGGCGGUCGCUCCGCUAGCCUUCCUUCUGGGCAAGUGGCGCGGGGAAGGCGAGGGCAGCUUCCCCACCAUCUCCUCCUUCCGCUACGGCGAGGAGCUCCUCUUCUCGCACCACCCCUCCAAGCCGGUGAUCUCGUACACGCAGAAGACGUGGAAGGCGGCGUCCGGCGAGCCGAUGCACGCCGAGAGCGGGUACUGGCGGCCCCGCCCCGACGGCUCCAUCGAGGUGGUCAUCGUGCAGAGCACGGGCCUCGCCGAGGUUCAGAAGGGUUCGUAUGAUGCUGAAAAGAAAACUGUGACACUCCAAAGCGAACUUGUAGGCAAUGCGUCAAAGGUGAAGCAGAUAACGAGAGCUUUUCAAGUGGCAGAUGGGGAGCUCUCGUACGUCGUUCAGAUGGCAACAAUCACAACUAGCCUACAGCCACAUCUCAAGGCCCUUCUCAAAAGGAUUUGAAGAUGGCUGCCAAUCUGGUAUAGUCAGGCCUUCUCGCUAACAUAGUGGGGGGUUGUACUGAGCUUGUGCUGUUCCGUUCAUUACUAUCGGGAAAGUUAAAAGUUCAAUAAGCUCUUAGAAACCUCACAUUCAACAGUCAACAUAGAUUUCUUUUUUGAGUGUUUGGUUCAGUGGGACCUCCAUUCUGCUGUUUCAUUCAAGAAGUGGAAUGAGUUGAUCCAUUCAUUAAUAAGCGUUCUGAUAAGUAAAGGUUACCAGUGUUUCAGCGAA